AUGAGCUACAUCCAAAAUAUUCAGCUAGUUCUCACCAAAACUUUAGCAGUUGUUCUACUUUUUCUAUUUGCAUACGUGAUAUUUCGCUCCGUCUAUAACGUCUUUCUUCACCCCCUCCGGCGUGUGCCAGGCCCAUUUCUGGCCAAGAUCUCUCGACUAUGGCUGUUCUACCAUGACUAUCAGGGGACUCCCCACAGUCACAUUCGGGAACUACAUCAGAAAUUUGGCCCGCUUGUUCGUAUUUCGCCAAACGAAGUAUCAAUCGACGAUGUCGAUGCCAACAACACAAUAUACGCCCAGAAUAAGCCAUGGGUUAAGCCGGCGUACCAUUACAAAGCUUUCCAAAGUUCUGUGGCAUAUAGCGUUUUCACCGAGCUGGAUCCACCGACGCACACUGCGCAUUCCCGUCUCUUGGCACCUGCCUUCGCCCAAUCAAGAGUCAAUGCGAUGGAUGCGCAGCGACUUGUUUGGGAUAAAUGUAAUAUCAUGGUAGAAGGCAUGCGCAAGACCCUGGGAUCGGAACCAAAGCAUGAUAGUACACCUUACCAAGCCACCACUAUGAGUCUCACUAGGCUGUUUCGCAGCUUCGCUUUGGAUAUCGUCACGACUUGGACAUUUGGGCACUGUGCCGAGAGCCUUUCCAAUUUCCAUUCGGAUUUAUUUGAUGUGUUUGACGUGGCGGCCGAAAGCGUGAUAUACUUUCAACACAUCCCAUUUUUACGAGCAUUAAUUCCCUAUAUUGCACCGCUGGUACCAUCGCUUGUACCAAACAAGAUUCUCGGGCAGUAUGCCAAAAAGGCACUGGAGGCAAAUAGGGCGGCCUUCAAUGGUCUUCGUGAGGUUGUCCCGUGUGUCUUCUCGGAGCUUGUCUCCUCUCAAUGGCAGGAGAAACGAGGCUAUACCCUAUCUGACGAGCAAAUUAUCUCCGACGGGAUUGUGAUUCUUGCAGCCGGAGCCGAUACGACAGCAGCCGCAUUAUCUAUCGGUAUGCAUUGGUUAGUAAGAAGUCCAGAUCUUUGGCAACAGCUGCAAGAUGAAUUACACCCAGUCAUGAGUACAUCUGAGAUGCCUCGAAUCGGAUCACUUGCUAUGUUACCUCUUCUCAAUGCUGUUCUCAAAGAAGGGUUGCGAGUUUCCUGCCCUAUCCGUGGUCAUAUGCCUCGCGUAGUUCCUUCACAAGGUUGGAACUACAAAGGGACACACUUUCCUCCUGGGGCAGUUGUUGCUACUUCUCCAUUUUACGGAUGUUAUAAUGAGACGGUCUUUGAGGAUCCCGAACUUUAUGACCCCACACGGUGGCUACCGCCAAGACAUACACCUAAGAUGGAGGCCUAUCUACAACCGUUUUCGAGAGGCACCAGGCAGUGCAUAGGACAAAACCUGACUUUAGCUAUGCAGCGAGUAGCUAUUGCGAAUGUGGUAUAUCAUUUCCAACCCAUUACCAUCAACAAAUCGGACAUACAAACGAGGGAAUUCGUGACAUUACUAAUAGAUUCUCCACUUGAAGUAACGCUUAGGCCUUUGAACCGUAUGGUUUCUUAUUAA